AUGGCUCAUUUGUGGCAGCAUCCUUAUGUCAAUGUCUUCAAACAUUUCAAUCUAUCAACAUGGAAGAAAUCAACGAAGGAAGGAGAGGUUUCUACAGCAAUGGACAAAACUUUGAAAGGAACAGUGUUCAGAAUAACAGGCUCCAUCCCUGCUGGAAAUUACAUUCAACUACCCAAAACAGGGUCUCAGUCAUUGGGAUUAACAGGACGAUACAUGUAUUUGAUGUUUAGACCGAUACCAGCUAAAUAUUUUGUCGUCCAUGUUGAUGUUGCCACUCAAGAUAAUUUAGUUGUUCGAGUUUCAUUUUCUAAUCUCUUUAAAGAAUUUAAAUCAACUUCUACAUGUCUACAGUUUCCAUUUAUAUGUCAUGCUUCUAAAGGAUCUAUCUCUUCAUUGGCUGCUGUUGGAGCUAAAGCUCAAAUAGGUCCAACACCAUUAUCAGCCAGAUGGACUGUUCUUUCACUAGACUUUCAGUAUAUAUUAUCAACGUAUUUAAAUAGAAAAUAUCACUUUAUCAAGAGUAUAAGACUAUGUGCUAAUAUGAUAGUCAAGAAUAUUUAUACUAGUGAUAUGGUGUAUGAUCCAGGAAUAUCAUUUAGCGAAAGUAAGAAAAGGGGAAUGAUUCCUGGUAAUGCUGCUCCUAUGCCCAGAGAAAUGGCGUUUCCACUGCUAAAAGGCUCUGACUGGCAUGAAGUCUAUGAUAUCAUCAGAUUUCCAGCUGAUUCUGAGAUGCAGCCGUUUGAUUCCAUACAGUUCUCUGACAGGAGUAAAACAGGAAGUAUAGUAGAACCUGCUAGACAGUUGUCUAAAACAGUAGAUGUUAGUAAAUGUGUAUCUGAUAGAGUCACAAUGAUUAAUAAAGUUACAGCUCCUAGAGAGAAGAAAGUACGUAAGACAGUAAGAACAGAAUUACCAGAAAUUGGUACCGUAGAUACCUGGUCUGUAACACAAGACAACCGUGGUGAUGUUCAUCUAUUUGCUAAAACUGAUGAUGAUGUUGUGGUACAUAGAGAUGACAAAUAUACAGGCAGAGAGAUAACAAGAGAUAAAGUCAAACCACCAGCCAUUAUUACAGGAAAAAAGACAACUUAUACACAAUUGGAGCCUGACCCAAUAUUAAAGUUAAAGAAAAUUGUGGGAUUUGGUGGAGGAACAUUUAAAGAGGUGUUAUGGGCACAAGAAGGUACUACAGUAGUCUAUCCAUGUUAUGCAGUAGUAGUAGCUAUGAAAGUUGAUACUGGUACUCAGAGAUUUUUCAUUGGUCACACUGAUAAGAUUUCAGCAGUUGCGAUAACUGGUAAUUCUAGUCUAUUAGCAUCAGGACAGACUGGAUCAAUGAGUCUUGUAAGAGUAUGGAGAUUUCAUAAUGCUGAAUGUUUAUCAAUGUGUAAAACACAUGCUCAUUCUUUACAUUCCUUAAGUUUUUCAAGUGAUGGAAAUGUUCUAUGUGGGGUUGGUAAAGAUGGUCAAGGUAAAAAUAUGGUAGUGAUAUGGGAUUGUAGUAAAGUAUUAAAACAUCGAGAGAUGUCUGUCUUGGCUAAAGCUCAUACUGAUGUAGAUAUAGCUAGAAUGAAAAUAGCUCCCUUUGAUAAUACCCGAAUGGUAUCGUGUGGGAAAGAGAAUAUUAGAUUAUGGAGAGUGAAGGAAGGGUCAUUACGAUCAGCUCCUGUUAAUCUAACAGAACAUCAUAAUAUGGAUUUAACAGAUAUUUGUUUUGAAGCUUGUGUUCAGCCUGAUAGAGAAUCAGCCAAUAAACUUCUAUAUGCCUGUAGUAAAUCAGGUCAUAUAUUAAAGAUAGAUUAUAAGAAGGUAACAGUACAACAUGUUAGAAGAUUAUUACCUGUUAGUAAAAAAACAGAUCAUAAAGACAUCAAGGUUGAUACUAAAGGAACAGGGAUAUGUAUUAACAGUAUGUAUGUAAGUGAAGCUUUUUGUGUCACUGGAUCAGAUGAUGGGUUUUUAAGACUAUGGCCACUAGAUUUUGCUCAUGUAUAUUUAGAAGCAGAACAUGAAGGACCAGUUACUGCUGUCAAUCUAUCAGCUGAUGGUUUAAAAAUUCUAGCUGGUACUAUAACUGGUAAUAUUGGUAUAUUAGAUGUUUCUACUAGAGGAUAUAGUACUAUAAUGAGAUCCCAUACCUCUAGUAUAUAUAGUGUAGCUAUUGAUCCCUAUAGAAAACAUAUAGCUACAGUAUCACAAGAUAAAACUAUCAGAGUUUGGGAUGCUGAAACCCUACAACAGCUGUAUGAUUUUAGUUCUGCUAAAGAAUGUCCAUGUACUAUCAGCUACCAUCCAUUAAAACAAGUAUUUGCUUGUGGGUUUGAGAAUGGUAUUAUUAGAAUAUUUAAUGUAUCAACUACUACAAUGUUAGCUGAACAUAAACAACAUAACAGUAUGAUAACAGGACUGGUUUAUAAUCCUAAAGGAGAUUAUUUAUACAGCUGUGAUUCACUUGGAACAUUAGUGUUAUAUGAUAUUACCACAGAUACUUACAGUGUUAACAGAGUGUUAACUAACACUGUAGCUAGAGGUGAACGCUAUUCACCUAACGCUCUAACUGUAUGUCCUGAUGGUUCUCGAGUAGCUUUUAUUGGACCGUCUGAUUUUACUGUCACUGUAGUAGAAGGAAAGAGUCUAGAUGAGGUAUUAAGAAUAGAUGUAACUAAUAUGUAUCCUACUGAUACUAGAACAUCAAUAGAUACUGCUGUACAAGUCUCUUAUUCUACUACCAAACUUCAUCAUCUACUAGUUACUACUGCUAAUAAUAAACUACUGAAAUUUGAUGCUAGAAAUGGCCGAUUGUUAACAGAGAUGGAUCAUAUACAUCGUAGUGGUUGUACAUCUAUAUCAGUUUAUGAUACUGGUAAAUAUCUAGCUACAGCUGGUGAUAAAGUUAUUAAAAUAUGGGAUUAUGAGAUGAAGUUAGACAUAAACUUUCAGGUAUUUAUUGGUCAUUGUGAAAAGAUAAAUCGUAUAUUAUUUACACCAGAUGGUAUUGGAUUUAUUAGUGUUGGAGAAGCCAUUUAUAUCUGGGAUUUCUUAGCUUUUCAUAAACCACCACCAUCAGAGGGAAGAGAUGUUGUUUUAGAUAAAGAACAAGAAGAGUUAAUAAAAGAAAUGGAGAGAUUAAAUAAUUCUAUGGGGAAAUCAUUUACUGAAGUCCCACGUCGAUCACCACCCAGACCAACUAUAAGAUUUGAUUCACCAGGCCGUAUAGAUGAUCUCAGUUCCAUUUAUAAAUCUUCUGUUGGAGAUAUUGAUGAUAUUCAGUCAGUGACAUCUGAAAAAGAAGAAGUUAUUUUAGGACCAGAAUUAGAAGAGGUCAAUCAACAGAUGUCAUCAGAUGAGGACAGACAGAUUGCUGUAAUAAGAAGUGGAAACCAAGUGUAUACAAACCAACAGACAUCUCUACAUUCUCCUCGUCAUGUAACAGCUGAUAGUGGUAAUCAUAUCAUUAUAACAUCAACAACUGUACCAAAACCUAAUAUACAACCUAAACCUAGCACCAAUAAACAAUCCAAACCUACUGUUUAUAAACAUUAUAAACAUAGACCAACAUCACAUGGUAUAGCACAGAGACGUUAUACUGCCCCACCAAAUCAAGCUGGUUUAAGAUUAUCCAGUGUAAUAGGUUAUAAUGGAAACGGUAGAAAUAAUAUGAUCUGGCAACAAGAUACAGGUUUGUUUGCCUAUACUUGUGGUAGUAUAUUAAUAAUAGAAGAUUUAAAUACCAGUGAACAGAGACAUUUACAAGGGCAUACAGAAGAAAUUUCCACUAUAGCAUUACAAAAUGAUUACCAGGUCAUUGCCUCAGCUAGUGGAGGAUAUGAGGGUGUUUCACCCAGUCAGAUUUGUAUCUGGGAUAUUAAAGAUGGUAUUUGUAAGAAGACGUUGUCCCAUCAUGAAUAUGAUAUUGUGUGUAUGACCUAUUCUAGAGAUGACAGGUUUCUUGUUUCUGUUGGUGAUUACCGGGAAUGUAAUGUUGUAUUAUGGAGUACUAAUGACUAUUCAGUACUAGCCACUACAACAACUGACUACCCUAUACACGAUAUUCAAUGGGACCCCUCUACAGUCAAUGAGUUUUCUACAGUUGGUGAGAAUGCUACAGUAUUAUUUUGGUUAUUGGAUGAAACUGUAUCUGAAGUUGCUUUAAAUGUUCAUGUUGCUGAUGUUCCUGGUGAACUUGUUUCUGUGGGAGGAAAGGCAGUAUCAUUUACAGCAUUAGAGUUUGGUAAUGAUAGUACGCUAUAUAUUGGUACUAGUCAUGGUAAAAUAACAGCCUGGGAUACCAGACAGAACUCUUGUUUUAUGUUAUGGGAUGGAGAUGAUGCUGAGAUUGAUUUACUGCUAUGUAAUGGUAAUAAGUUAUUAACUGGUAGUUGUAAUAAUAAUGUUAAACUAUGGUCUCUAGAUAAUAUCAAUGAUAUUAAACAGUCUAAUAGACCACCAGCUUUACAACAUGGUUUAACUCUUGAAGAUGAAAUGACAUUAAAUGGUAUUAUAACUUGUGCUGUAUUUGAUCCUAAUAUGGAGAUGGGAAUAGUUGGAACUGGUGCCGGUACUCUAUGGUAUAUUAACUGGUCUGAGAGAACCAGUCUGAGACUAGUAUCAGGACAUAUGAAUAAGAUAAAUGGUAUGAGUAUAUGUAACAAUGGUUUAUUAGCUACUGGUGGAGAUGAUGGUAGUGUUAGAGUAUUAACUAUUAAAGAUAGGGAACAAGCUUUACAGUUUCAAGUGUUAGAUCAGAAAUGUACCUGUCUAAGUUUUGCCCCACCCUCACAGCAAUCCAAUCAGUCUAUACCUAAUAUAGCAGCUGGGUUUAGUGAUGGUACAGUUAGGAUGUUUGAUGUUAAUAAGGUAGAAAUGGUGUUAAAGAUGCAACCCCAUGGUGUUUCUGUUACAGCUAUAUCUUUCUCAUCAGACGGGCGUAUGAUAAUAUCUGGUAGUCAAGAUGGUAUAUUAUGUGUUAGUAGUAUAACUACAGGUUUAACUGAGGAAGACACUAGUGUCAAUGCACCGUUGCUAUGGUUAGCCAGUAGUAAUGAUAGAAGAGUCAGUGUCUGGUCAGCUGAUUGGUCCAGAGAUUUCUGUGAGCUUGUUGAUUGGUUGACAUUCCCAGCUCCAGCUUUUACUCCUGAUGGGUCAAUAAUUGAUAAGAAUAACAAGGGUGACAGCAAGUCUUUUCCACCAACUUUAGCCUGUUUUUCUAAAGAAGAAUCAGAUAUUAUACUAUAUGUGGGCUAUGGUAUGCAGAAAAAUGUCCAAUUUUACAGUCUGUCUCAAAGAAAGGUUGUAAGAACAGCAGCUCUAACACACUGGGCUACAAGUUUAGAUGUGUCACCAGAUUCUAGUCUGAUAGCUAUCGGUAUUAAUGAACGUUUAUUAAAGUUAUUGGACUAUUUUGAAGGUAGUUUUCAAGAUUUUACAGGACAUAGUGAUAGUGUUAGUCAUGUAAAUUUUCACCUGAUGUGUUCAUUAAUUUUGGCUGCUGGUUAUUCUGAUAUAUUGAUGUGGGAAGUGGCUUUAUAAUAGUCAUCAAGUUACUACAGACAAUGAAUGAGCGUGCUUCAAGGAGGUUGAAUUCCUGUUAAAUAAAACAAAUCAACAGACCUGGGAAAGUGGUUUUAAAUAUUGAUAAAGAGCAUGAUUGUUCAGUAAUUCAGCUGAUCUGUUUGGUCUUAUAUCAUUCCCAACAUUAAAGUAUGUUCCAGAUUCCUGGCCACGAAACAAUCUUAGCACUAGGAUAUCCUAGAAACAGUGUUAGAAGUUAAAACCUGUGGACAUCCUAGCGCUAAGAUCGUUUUGAGAAUAUUGCGAGCUGGCAAAUAUUAAUAAUUAAGCCCUGAAGGUGACUCAUUCCAUAUGACAAAGUCUGAUCUAAAGCUGAGAACUGGAAUACAUUUCACCAGUAAUAUUGUCUCAUCUAAGAUAUCAUAAUAUCACCUUGAAACUCUUGCAAAAUAGCAUUAAUGCUGCCAAAUUACAAGAUCUGGAAUGUAACUUAUAACAUUGUUAAGAUAAGACAUUCCAAAUAACAUUAAUAUUAUAUACUAGUGUGUGCUUGUGUCCAUUUCAUAUAACUCAUUGCUGUGCUUGCUAUGUGCUUGUAUUUAUUUUAUGAUUUUAAUAUGUGAUCCUCCAGCACAAAAGUGAAAAUGUUCAGUUUUUCAAACAAGGUAUGUGUAUAUAUCUUGGCAUUUAGUUAAGAAUUGUGUUAUGUAUAAGUUAUGAUUAUGGUGCUCAUAGGAAAGAUUUUCGGGAGCCCAACAGGAGACCCAAGUGGCCUGACUUGUGAUAGAGGACUUUAUAUAUAUGUUUUAACUGCAUUUAUAUUUUUAUUUCAAUUCUCAAUAAAAUUAUUCAUUCACUGUCUCUACGAUUUCAUUAACAGCAUUAUUUUUAUUCAUAUAUAUGUCAAUCAAAAUUGAACUGAUUUCAUUUCAUCUUUCCGUCCCAGCAAACUUGUUAAGAAUCAAAUAUUUAGAUAUUUUUAUUAUGAUUGUAAAUAAAAUAGUUAAAUGUAAAUAUUAUUAUUUAUAUAUAAAAUGAUAAAGAAAUAAAGCUUUGAAUCUC